CUUCUAACGCCCACACCUCGGGAAAUACAAAAUAAAAUAAAAAAAGCACACACACACACACUGGAAAGUUCACAAAUUUUUUAACUGUUACAGAAAAUGUCGCUUGUUGCAUGCAGUGUUCUACUGAGUAAAUUGGCUUUAAUUUUGUGCAUCACUGCCGUUCAAGCCGUCACCAAUGUCGAUACUUCAACGCGCGAUCUCGAUCAGUUCCGUUAUUGCAUGCGCAAGUCGCAGCAUCCGAGUUUGCGCGAGUGUAUCGGACGCACAGCUAUCAAUUUUUUGCAUCGUUUCGAUGAACAUGAUAAUUUUACGCUCUUCAAUGACUUGGUUUCUACAAAGGAUGACAAAAUUUCAGGACGUUCGUUGGUUAAUUUUUUGGAUACAGAUCCAGUGGACUUAAGAGGAAUUUUGGAAAACGCAGGUGCCGUUAUGGGACAGCGAGGACUUGAGUGGCAUAUGGAUGCCAUAUAUCCAGGGCUGAUGUUUAAGAUCGGCCCAACUUCCGAUGCAAACAGUGUGGCGCAAUUCAUGCUUGAUCCGGCCAUUGUUGAACGAAAUUUUGGCUAUGAAGAGCCAUCAACGGCUCGCCUCUUAACCAAACAAUACUUGCUACCAUUUCUGCUGGGCUUUAAGUUUAACUUGGUUGCACUGGUGCCGCUUGUGUUCGCCGGUAUUUUCUUGCUGUUGAAGAAAUCGCUUUUCUUAGCCAAAUUCGCGAUCUACCUGAGUAGCUUUUUAGGCGUUGGUGGUGCUUUAACUGCGCUCAGUGCCGGAGCUGGUGCUGGUGCUGGUGGAUUAGGCGGCUUUGGUUUGUUUGGCGGCGGUGGUGGCGGAAUUCCAUUGGGACCCUAUGCUCAUCAUGCACACUCAUUUGGUGCUGGUGAAGGUUAUCUGCCAGGUAAACAGGGUACAUUUAAUCAGUAUGAAGGCGAUGAGCUGCAUCAUCAUUCCCCUUACAAACGCAACGAUCGAAAAAUACACUUCGAGAAGCCUCGUGAAUAUGCAACGCGUGCCACAGUGGUCGCAACAACGCCAGCGCCUGAUCGAUUUUACGAGUAUGAGAAACAAGUGGCUAUGAUAAAUAAUAGAAGCGCAAAGCCCAGAUCGGUAAAUGGCAAACUAGGGCCAAGCGCUUAUGAUGACGAUGAGGGGGAGGUGAGGAAUGAGGACUUUAAGACUGCAAAUCAGGAACACAACGGCUGGAAAGUCGUCGAAUUGAGAUUAGUGAGCAUGUCUGCGGAGGCGCGCAGCAGCAAGAGUUUGUGCGUGGCAGGUUUGGUCCUGCAAUUUUUGAUGCUACUCCAAUGCAAUGCGAUUACGGUAACAACGAAAAUCCCAAUUAAGGAAAACAGCAAUUUUAACGACACGAAAGGGUUCGCUAUGUUGCGCGAAAUUGGACGCACACUCACGCUGUGUUUGACCACAGCAGAGCGUUGGAAAUGUCUUGAAAAGCAAUUAACUGGCGCCAUAGAUGCCUUGGCAAAGGACAAUAGUACCUUGCAGUAUGGCGACUUUAUUAUUAUCGAGCAAUUGCCAAGUGACAGGAGUAAUGAAAGCACAGGACAAGCUAGCCAACGUGCACAAGGACAACGCUCGUUGCAGUCGUCGGACGACAAGAAGCCAAUGCCGGACAGCAUCGCGGCGAGUUUAUUAAAGUUGGCUAAAUCACGUUCAAUACGUUUACUGCUGCCGAGCUCAAUGCAAGCAUUAAAGAAAAUUGGCGUAGGAAUUUCGGAUGCCAUCGAUGGAUUUACACUGGAAAGUAGCACGCCAGCCGAAACUUUAACAUCAGCGGAGGUGGCGCAAGCGGAGGAAGGACGUAAAAAGAAAGGCAAAGACAAAAAUAUGGCUAUGAUGGGCGGCAUGGCGAUGAUAGCAAUGGUCGCGCAAAUGUUCCUCGGCAAGGUGAUCCUGAUCGCGGGCGCCGCCUUCGUGAUGGCGAAAAUCGCACUGCUCGUCUCUGUACUUGGCAGUCUCAAAAGGGGAUCGAUUGGAAGCAGUGGUAGUACAGAGCACAUCGUUGUAAAGAGCCACGAUCAUGCUGGAGGUGGAGGUGGCGGACAUGAACACGGACACGAUGGUUAUAGUUACGAUUCGGGAUGGCAUCGUAGUAUGCCACACAUUUUUCCUGAAAUAGUUAGCGUAGAGUCAAAGCAUAACAAAAAAUACUACCACACACCAUCACAGGCAACUCCUCAAAAUCAUGGCAACUACAACGUUGGUGACAUUAGCGAAACAACUAAAGAAAUAAUUGGCGUCGAUGACAAACGAAGACAAGUGCAGGCUGGUUUUCUUUAGAGUUAAUUGACGUUAAGUAUGUGGUGGCUAAGUAUGUUUUAUAUAAGUGAAAGG